CUCCUUCUGUCAGGUUGAAAUCGCACAUUUCAAGGGCAGUUACCAGUGCUUCUACUCUGUAUUGUCAACCACAUGAGAGCUAUCAUGAACAUGCUUUGCAGAGUUGGUCAAAUACGAAGGUGUGCAGCCAGCCUGAGCCAAGCUAUAAACCAAGUCGCUGCAUCAAGGCAGAAGCACACGCUCCCUGACCUGACUUAUGACUAUGGUGCCCUGGAGCCCCGCAUCAAUGCAGAGAUCAUGCAGCUGCACCAUAGCAAGCACCAUGCCACAUAUGUGAACAACCUCAAUGUUGCAGAAGAGAAAUAUCAGGAGGCACUAGCAAAGGGAGAUGUGACAGCACAGGUUGCCCUCCAGCCUGCUCUGAAGUUUAAUGGAGGAGGCCACAUUAACCACACCAUCUUCUGGACAAACCUCUCUCCUAAUGGUGGAGGCGAACCACAGGGGGAGCUGAUGGAGGCCAUUAAGCGGGACUUUGGCUCCUUCCAGAAGAUGAAGGAGAAGAUGUCUGCUGCUACAGUGGCGGUGCAGGGCUCGGGCUGGGGCUGGCUGGGCUUCGACAAGGAGAGUGGAAGACUUCGCAUCGCUGCUUGUGCUAACCAGGAUCCCCUGCAGGGAACUACAGGCCUCAUCCCCCUCCUUGGUAUCGAUGUAUGGGAGCAUGCCUACUACCUUCAGUACAAAAAUGUGCGGCCGGACUAUGUUAAGGCUAUCUGGAAUGUGAUCAACUGGGAGAAUGUGAGCGAGCGUCUCCAGACUGCCAAAAAGUAGAAUCUAAUCCUCAAAUAUCCCCCAUAACCCUUCUCACCUUGACCUGAAUCAAAUAGCAGUUGGAAAUAAUUUUGAAGUUUUACCUUGCAUGGAGUUUUCAGAUGAUCACCUACGUCUAAGCUAAUUAUCUAAAAUACUGUCUAUGUUGGUGGAAACUACUCUGCAUCUAUGCAAGUUCAAGCAAACUUGAAAUUAUUUGCAAACGCCUUUUAGAUCAGGUCUGUUCUCAACCUCCAGACUUUUUUCAAACGCACAAAUUGGCCUCCUUUCACAUUCAGGCUGGCUUCUGUGAAUCACACCCAAAUAUUGGCUGCCAUACAUGAAAAUUAGGGAUUAGAGAACCAGAGUGUAUAUUCAGUGAGUUUUAUCUUUGCCAGAAUAGCACCAUCAGACAAUGUUGUUGCAGUCCAUGUUUCUGAUGUAUUAUAAUAAAGUUAUAGGAUUUGAAUUGUAAAAGCUGGAUUGUUGGUGCUUUAUUUUUCUAUUUCUGUGUGCUGUGAUGAAU